GCAUUCACGAAUGCCUAUCAUGAUUUUGUGUUGACGACUUUGACAGUAUUAGAUGCACCGAGCGUCGUGAUAAGCUGAUUCACAAAGACCAUAUCGACUUCCUAGACUAAAUUUUAAGGAGCUGGAACACGUUUACACCCGAAAGUGAUCGUCAUGAUUAAACAAACCGGUAUCUCGCCAAGCAGUUUCAUACUGGACUGGACUAUUCUAACGAACCGAGCGUCGGAUUGCCCAAAAUUUUCAAUACCAGUACAACCGGCAUACACCCAUCAUAGCAAGAUAUCCCUCGCGCAUCAUCAAGCUAGAAAUUUUAAAAAAAAAUCGAAACAAGCCUAUAUUUACAAAAUUGCACUUCAAGAGCAUUCUGAGCCUCACUCUUCGCCCUACUGUAGCCCUCACUCGAAGCAUAAAUUGUUCACAAGUAAACUACUGUAGGUUAAUC